UUGUCAUCCUCUUUAAGGUCCCCAGUCCCCACAUGUGGAUAGUUAACCCUUAGUUGAUCCAGGAAAUGAAAAGGACUGUGUAAUGACAUCACACCAAAGCUUUCCAGAUAAAUCUAGCUUGAUUUGACCUCAAAUUGCUUAUUUUUUUCUCAAUCCACCGCUUGGCUAAAACCCACUAAGCUUCAAGGGCCGCACAACCAAAGUUAUGUAAAUAUUGUAGCUUAGAUAAGCUAGCGACAGACAUUAUGAAUGACUUGACUUCUGCUGUGCACUGCCGUGUAGUCAGCAUUUAAGAUUUAAACCAAGUGGGUUAAACCAAGUGAAGGGGCUGACCUCUUCUCCAUCCCGGUAGCUAUGGCAACGGUCUUCUUUUUUCCUGUCAAGCUAUUUUCUGGCACAUACUGUACGAGACAUCAACGAGGGAGGGAGAGUCUCCCUCAGGGCCUUUUUCUACAAGCGGCAGAGGCGUCCUGUUUCUUUGCCUGUCUUAAAUACAACCUGAGACAGCUAGCUAGCUGACACACAUGCUUUGCUCACACUAAGUCCACCCUGGCCUUGAUGUUGACGGACCGGACUGGACCAAAUUUGAACCUAUCAUGGACACAUUUCACAAGACUGGAUAGCACAGUACAGGUGCAGGGUGAGAGGAAGAGGGAACUUUAUGACCGAGUAUUAGGAUGGCCAGUGAAGGAUCCAGUAGCAUCCCCAGCCCUGUGGUGCGACAGAUCGACAAGCAGUUCCUGAUCUGCAGCAUAUGCCUGGACCGCUACGACAACCCCAAAGUGCUGCCCUGCCUCCAUACCUUCUGUGAGAGGUGUCUGCAGAACUACAUCCCCGCCCACAGCCUGACGCUGUCGUGCCCCGUGUGCCGCCAGACGUCCAUCCUGCCGGAGAAAGGCGUGGCGGCGCUGCAGAGCAACUUCUUCAUCACCAACCUGAUGGACGUGCUGCAGCGGCCCCCCAGCGACAGCCGCAGCCAGGAGAACGCCGUGUUGGAGACCAUCAACUCUGUGGCCACGGGACAACCGCUCUCCUGCCCCAACCACGUAGGAAAUGUGAUGGAGUUCUACUGCCCGCCGUGUGAGACAGCCAUGUGCCAGGAGUGUACGAGCGGCGAGCACGCCGAGCACCCCACUGUGCCCCUCAAAGAUGUGGUCGAACAGCACAAGGCCUCGCUGCAGGACCAGCUUGACGCCAUCAAAAACCGGCUACCUGAAAUCGACUCGGCCCUGCAGGUGCUGUCGGAGAUCCUGCAGCAGCUGACCAAUCAGAAGAGCUCCAUCGAGGGGGACAUCCACACCACGUUCGACGAGCUGCAGAAGACCCUGAACGUCCGCAAGAGUGUCCUGCUCAUGGAGCUGGAGGUCAACUACGGCCUCAAGCAGAAGGUGCUCCAAGCCCAGCUGGACACAUUACUCCAGGGCCAAGAUGGCAUCAACAGUAGCUGCAUCUUUACCGAGCAGGCACUGAGCCACGGCACCGAGGCCGAGGUCCUGCUCGUCAAGAAGCAGAUGAGUGAGCGGCUCAGCGAGCUGGCCGUGCAAGAGCUCCCCCUCCAGCCCGGGGAGAACGACCAGCUGGACUUUCUGGUGGAGACUGAGGGCAUCAAGAAGUCCAUCCACAACCUGGGUACUAUAGUUACCACGAACGCCGUGGCGUCCGAGACGGUGGCCACGGGCGAGGGCCUGAGGCAGUGCGUGGCGGGCCUGCCCACCUCUGUCACCAUCACGACCAAGGACAAGGAUGGUGAGCUGUGUAAGAUGGGGAAAGCCAACAUCACGGCGGAGAUUGCCACUCCGGACGGUAGUGUGGGCGACGGCGAGAUACUGGACAACAAGAACGGGACGUACGAGUAUCUGUACACGGCGCCGAAAGAGGGUAGUUUGACGCUGUCGCUGCGUCUGUACGACCAGCAUAUUAAAGGUAGUCCCUUUAAGAUUAAAGCGACAAAGUCGGCGGAUGUGUCGCCCAGUACGGAGAGCGCUAAGAAGAGGUUGAAGUCGCCGGGGAGUAGCCACGUCAAGCAGAAGGCCAUCAAGAGGCCAGCCAGUAUGUACAGCACAGGGAAGAGGAAAGAGAACCCCAUCGAAGAUGACCUAAUUUUCAGGAUCGGUACAAAGGGAAGAAACAAAGGGGAAUUCACCAAUCUACAGGGUGUGGCUGCCUCCUCAGUAGGAAAGGUGUUGAUAGCAGACAGCAAUAACCAGUGUGUUCAGAUCUUCUCUAACGACGGUCUGUUCAAGAGUCGCUUUGGGGUGCGUGGACGGUCUCCAGGGCAACUGCAGCGGCCCACAGGAGUGGCGGUCCACCCCAACGGUGACAUCAUCAUAGCCGACUACGACAACAAGUGGGUUAGCAUCUUCUCCAGCGACGGAAAGUUCAAGAAUAAGAUUGGCUCGGGCAAGCUGAUGGGCCCCAAAGGCGUGUCGGUAGACAGGAAUGGCCACGUCAUAAUCGUGGACAACAAGGCGUGCUGCGUCUUCAUCUUUCAGCCCAACGGCAAGCUGGUCACCAAGUUUGGUAACCGCGAAACGGGCGACCGGCAGUUUGCAGGUACACUCAAUGGUCCUCACUUUGCAGCAGUCAACCAUAACAAUGAGAUAAUUGUUACAGACUUCCAUAAUCAUUCUGUGAAGGUGUUCAACCCUGAGGGGGAGUUUCUUCUGAAGUUUGGUUCCAACGGGGAGGGGAACGGCCAGUUCAACGCCCCUACGGGGGUGGCGGUGGACGUCAACGGCAACAUCAUCGUAGCAGACUGGGGCAAUAGCCGAAUACAGGUGUUUGAUGGCAGUGGUUCGUUUCUCUCCUACAUCAACACAUCGGCAGACCCUCUCUACGGUCCCCAGGGCCUGGCCCUCACCUCCGAUGGCCACGUGGUGGUGGCUGACUCUGGGAACCACUGCUUCAAAGUCUACCGUUACCUGCAGUAGCCCUCGCACACUUAGUAGACACACACACACACACACACUUAUGCGUACACUCACAUUCACAGAUUCGCACACACGAAGACUUGCGCACACACACACACACACACCAUCCUCAGUACGGAGUAAUGGGUGGAUUUGCACUCAUCCACUAAUUCAAUCCCGCCAUCCAUCACCGUGCCAUACAGAACCUCUCUCUAACCGUUCACCCUGACAUGUGCCUCUGUAGCCUCCUUCAUGAC